AUGCAAUUUUCCAAGAUCAUCACUGCCCUAUCCAUUGCAGGUGCAGUUAUUGCAGCUCCUGCUAAUGUUCACCAUGAACAUAAGAACAAACGUGAUGUUGUCACUAAGACUGUUCACAAUCAAGUCACUGUUACCGCUGGCGCCCCACCAGCCGUCAACACCGGCUUGCUAAAGGAAGAUGCUGUCCUAGGUUCUUCUAAUGAGGCUAGUGCUCCAGUUGCCAGCUCUCAAGCACCAGCUCAGCAAGCUGCUGCCCCACAAUCUGAAGCUGCUUCCCCAGCCCCAGCUUCUUCUUCCCAAGCUGCAGCUUCUAGCAGCGCACCAAAAUCUUCUGGAUCUUCUUCCAGUUUCAGUGGUUCUGCUAAGGGUAUCACCUACUCUCCUUACAACGCCGACGGUUCUUGUAGAUCUGCCUCUGAUGUCGCUUCCGACCUUGCCAAGUUGUCUUCCUACUCCAUGAUUAGACUAUACGGUGUCGACUGUAACCAAGUCGAAAAUGUGUUCAAGGCAAAGGCCGCUGGCCAAAAGCUUUUCUUGGGUAUCUUCUUUGUUGACCAAAUUCAAGCAGGUGUCGAUACCAUGAAGGCUGCUGUUGAAUCUUAUGGUUCUUGGGAUGAUGUUUACACUGUUUCUAUUGGUAAUGAAUUGGUUAACGGCGGUCAAGCUACCCCAGACCAAGUUGGCCAAUACGUCGCUACCGGUAGAUCUGCUUUGAAGGCAGCUGGCUACAGUGGUCCCGUCGUUUCUGUUGAUACUUUUAUCGCUGUUAUCAACAAUCCUGCUUUGUGUCAAUACUCUGACUACAUGGCUGUUAAUGCUCAUGCUUACUUUGACCAAAACACUGUUGCCGAAGAUGCCGGUACCUGGUUGGUUCAACAAAUCCAAAGAGUCUGGACUGCUUGUGACGGUAAGAAAGAUGUUUUGAUUACCGAAUCCGGCUGGCCAUCUCAAGGUGAAACUCUUGGUGUCGCUGUUGCUUCCAAGCAAAACCAGGAAGCAGCUAUUGCCUCCAUUGAAAAGGCCUGUGGUGAUGACACCAUUCUUUUCACUGCCUUCAACGAUUACUGGAAGGCUGAUGGCCCUUACAACUGUGAAAAGUACUGGGGUAUCUAUUAA